UUGCAUUUGCCAAAGAUACAAGCAGCAGCAGCAUGGGCUCGGUCAUCUCGCGGCCGGUCGUGACGUCGGUGGGCGUCCUGUACCCGGCGUACGCAAGCUUCAAGGCGCUCGAGACGCCGUCGACGGACGAUGACAAGCAGUGGCUCACGUACUGGGUCGUCUUCUCCAUCACGUCGUCGGCCGAAGAGGUCGCGGAGCGCGUAGUCUCGUACCUGCCGGGCUACUAUGUCCUCAAGUGCAUCUUCCUCGUGUGGCUCAUGCUGCCCAAGACGCGCGGUGCGAUCGUCGUCUAUGACAGAUACCUCCAGCCGCUCCUCAAGCAGUACGAGCCACUGCUCGAUGCCAAGCUUGCGGCGUUGAAGACCUACGUGGACAACUGGAUCGCCGAUAUGAAGGCCAACGGCGCUUCCUACAUCAAACAAGGCCUGACGAUCAGCAUCGAGAAGGCCAUGGAGGUCCAGGAGGCGGCUGCAAACAGCCCGCUUAAGGCCAAAGUCGCCGACAAGAUGGCCGAGAUGAAGACGAAAGGCUUGCAGAUGACGUCGGACGGCGUCGCCAAGAUCAAGGCGCAGGUCUCGCGCCGCAAGCUGUCGUCCGCGAUCGACGCCGACGUGGACGCCGAGCCCGAAGCCAUCGAGUAGACGUAACCGAAGACGAUUAUCUAUACCACAUGCAUGUUGUUGCACCA